AUGCAGUCUUCAGCACUCCUGGUGCUGGCGCUCCUUCCGUGCUAUGAUGCGUCGUCCUACCGACGGACGAAGAUGACUUUCAUCGAGGAGCAGAUGUCCAUGCAGAUGAAACUCAUGACGCCGGAGAGGGCGACUCUCAACAACAUCGAGGCCUCCAUCCUCAACAUGGCCAAGGCACGCAAGGAGGGCGGAGACCAGGCGGCCACCAAUCUGACCAGCUUCCUGGACCAGAUCCAGGAGCUGAUCGACAAGACCAUGAAGGCCAAUAUCCAAACCAGGCUGCUUGAUCUUCAAGAGGCUGGCGGAACUCUUGAGCCCUCAGGCACCUGCACACAUCCCAACGACACGGAGUACGUCCCCACGCUCGUGGACCUGGACAAGCUCCACUCACAGUGCCGCUCGAGCCAGGACUCCAUGUGGUCGGGCUAUGAGCAGACCUGCAUCAUCGAGCGCCAGAUCUACGAGAACGAGAUAAAGGCCAUUUGCGACAAGUACAAGAGCGUCAAUGUUUUCCCGAAUCCGACCACCAGCUGCAUGAUGAUGGAGGGCACAAAGGUCCCGACCAUUGGCAACUACCUCCUGGCGGCGGAGGCUUUCUUCACGGAGAGGUAUGACCUUGUCAAGGAGUGGAAGGACAAGUGCGACAAUGCCACCAACACCCCCUUCGCGAACGAGGAGCUGUGCAAGCAGAAGAUCUGCCUUUACUACGACAAGAAGAUUUCCUGCGACAAGACGCAGGAGACGUUCGAGCAGAAGUCGUGUGAUCUGCACAAGGAAUACACGUGCAGCAAGUACUCUGAUUGCUACGACCAGAAGAAGGAGAUCUACAACAGCGUCGUGUCCCUGGCCAAGGAGAACGAGGUUGCCGCCAAGGCCGAGUGGCGGGCCGUGAAGAGGAUCGAGUGUCUGGUCAACGCCCUGCGUUCGCCGCAGGGAGAGGUCGAGGAAGCCAUCAACAGCUGCAAGGGCAAGAUCUACGCCACCACGCCCGUGGAGCUGGUCUACAAAGGCGACGCUCCGGCCGCGCGCUCCUGCACAGAGGUCUACUUGCAACCCGGUUCCGCGGUCUUCUCCAGCACCUGGUAUGCGGGCCUGCCUUCACAGACGCCAGCGGCGAGCUGCGCGUCCUCGUGCUGUAUGGCCGAAGCCUUCAAUCCGACUUAUCCGGAUGGCGCAGCAUGCCCUUAUGUCUCUUCAGCGCCGACGACGACCACUACGACCACGGAAAGUACUACCACAACGACCACGACCGCAGCUGCUGCCGCUAUGUUCUCAGCCCCAGUCUUUGGCGGGUUCUCCUUCGGCGGCCUGCCUGGGAUUAGGAGGUAG